CUUUUCCUGAGGCAUGAGGUAAUGCGGGGCUCCAAUUGGUCCGGGGGGCGGCACCCCAAUAGCCGUGUGGGGCGCGCUCAAGGCUAUAACUCCCUGCAGCCGCCAAGAACGCAGAGGCGCGCACGCGAGUUGCUGGGGAGCUUCGAACUCGCAGAGAGAGAUUCGAGCCCGCACUUUAAUAGAAACGAACUGCGCAAAAAGUGCUGCCACAUUUAGUGCGCUCGCCUCGCCGAAAAGUGGAAGGAGCGCCGGGACGAAGCAGAACUGCAACUUUUUUUUUCUUUCUAAAAGCAUCCUUCUCUACUUCUGAAAAAUUCUCCACGUGGGUGGAGACCAUCGAGUAGGGGAAUAAUACUAACAGCAGUCGCGAGACAGUAUGUCAGGGCGGGUGCUGAGCCUUUUCUUGCUGCUUUGCAGCUGGAGCCUGACUGAGUUGCUGGUCGAAGCUUGUACCUGCGUCCCAGUUCACCCCCAGGAUGCGUUCUGUAACUCUGACAUUGUCAUCCGGGCCAAGGUAGUGGGCAAGAAACUUAUGAAAGAUGGACCAUUUGGGACGAUGCGAUACACUGUCAAACAAAUGAAGAUGUACAGGGGUUUUGACAAGAUGCCACAUGUUCAAUAUAUCUAUACAGAGGCCUCUGAAAGUCUUUGUGGGGUCAAGCUGGAGGUCAACAAGUACCAGUAUAUGAUUACAGGUCGAGUUUAUGAUGGAAAGGUUUAUACUGGACUGUGUAAUCUGAAUGAAAAGUGGGAUCGAUUGACCCUGUCUCAGCGCAAAGGACUAAACCAUCGUUACCAUCUAGGCUGUGGCUGCAAGAUUAAGCCCUGCUACUACCUUCCUUGCUUUGUGACCUCCAAGAAUGAGUGCCUCUGGACAGACAUGCUUUCCAGCUUCGGCCAACCAGGGUACCAGUCAAAACAUUAUGCUUGCAUCAAACACAAAGAUGGCUACUGCAGCUGGUAUAGAGGAUGGGCACCUCCUGAUAAAACCAUCAUCAAUGCAACUGACCCGUGAAAAUCCAAUUAUUUUUCUUUCCUGUUCUUUCCCUCCCAUGUGGCUGAGCAUUGUUUGGACACUAACGUGUAUUUGAUCAUGAUGGCAACCAUGAUAUUAGUGCCUGUUUCUUGCAAUUUUUAGCACUUCCAACUUUUGUGAUUUUUAAAUCUAUGCUGUCUUAACUCUUUUUUAAAAAAUCGUCUUUUAAAAAAUUACUCUCAUCCCAUGUUGAUCAAAUAUUUAUCUGGUGUGUGAACAGAAGUUCCGGGAUAAUCAAGGGAGCUUUUGUUCAAAGUUCUAUAGCACUAUACAUAUAGCAAUAUAUAUUUUUGUAGGAAAACACAAAUCUCAAAAAUUUUCUGAUUAAAAUCCUAUUCCCUCCUCUUUAUUUCCUGUGCUGCUGUUUUUUUCUCAUACUCAGUUCUCAGAGCAGGUAGCUAUAAACGCAGCCAGUUGGGAUUAAUCACCAUUGUGAGCCACAUAAUGAAGGGAUGCAAAGAAAAUAAUCAUGCUUAUACAGGAUGGAAUAUGGAGUAUUUGGGAAAUUCAGCUGCAUGAAUUUAAAAGGUUGCAUACUUCAAAAUGCCUGUCCAUUCCAAUAUGAAUGUAGAAAUUUCAUGGCAGUUCUAGGUUUGCACAGAAAAUAAGUUUCUUUUAAAAAAAAAAUCAAAACCAACUAAAGUGAAACUAAUAUAUCUUCUAAGUUCAAAUGCAGAAUAAACCUGUUGAGAGCCAAAUCAAGACCAGAUACUUUUGUGGCUUUGAUCUGGAUGUAAAACUGCCUUUUCAAGAUUUAUUUUAUGUACAACUUUCCCAGAGUUAUUUGGAGAGGGGACAAAGUGGGAGCACAGGAGGAAAAAGCCCCCCCCCCCAGGACAUAUUGAUGUAAGAAACCAGCUGCCCAAACACUGUUUUAGCUGAACAAAAAUGUAUAUAGAUAUAAUGACAUAAGCUAUUUUUGACAGGGCAUGAUUCUGUUUCAUGCUAUAAGUAAUAAAAAGUUUGAUGCUUUUGUUCCAAAGGAGCAGUCAUUCACAUUCCAAGUCUUUUUUUUUCUUGCCAUUCAAUCAUGUCCAGUCCUCGGCGACUUCCUGAACUAGUCCCUGCAGUUUUCUUGGCAAGACUUCAGAAGUGGUUUGCCAUUGCCUCCUUCCUAGGGCCGAGACAGAAUGACUGGCCCAAAGUCACCCAGCAGGCUUUCAUGCCUAAGGCAGGAUUAGAACUCACAUUCUCCUGGUUUCUAGCCCACUGCCUUAACCACUAGACCAAAUUGGCUCUCUUCAAGUCAUUAGUUACUAUUUUAUUUUUUUUAGUUCUAAAGCUACUGGAGCGCCAGUGAUUUCUAAAGUAGUGAUGAUAAUCUGUUUUUAUUCCCUUCCCUGUAUGCUUGUUUUCCUUAUUGCCAUCAAAAUAAGGGUCAAUUCAAACAGCUGUUCUACGAAUGAAAGAUUUCCAUGGUCCCCUGUCCCAUUCCUUUAAAAAUAUACAAUAGAAUGGUGUUAUGAAAGUGCCUUACUAUUGUAUGAUUACUAGUUCAUCCUAUACUCUGAAAAACAUUUUAACUUUUUUUAAUCGUUUUUCAUGAUGUGCUAUUUUGUAAAUUUUAUUAUAUAGAAAUUUUUUCACAGUAUUUUAUUCUCCUGUGAAUACUGGGAUGGGAUCAAAGAAGUGGAAGUAUAGGAUCACCUCUUCAUAAUAUUUUCCUUCUCAUUAAGAGACUGUUUAUCAGUAUGCACAGUGAAAAUAAAUAGAAAAAAUGGGCAGGGAAUAUGUUAAAACCCACUUUUCCUGCCAUUGAAGAUCUAGAUCUAUUAACUAAAAUAACGUUUUAGCAGAGGCUAUUAUGUAUUCUACUGCUGGCUACGGUUAACAGCCCUACGGUUGUGGGCUCACUAUGCUUUCUAGCAGUAAGGAACUGGCUGUUCCACUUUCACUACAGUCUUUGUUUCUAUUACGAAAAGUAUAAUAUAAAAACCUUGUAAAAGUAAUUUAAGAGCAGGGAUGCUAAUGGGUUUGGCAACUACAUAAUUUACUGAGGCUGCAGAGUGGUGUGAAGAUUAAUACUUAACACAAGCACAUGUUCUGUUAUCAUUUGUCUUACAUUACUUUCUACCUUCAAUUCAUUCCUUAUAAGAAACAGAGCUGCCAUAAGUUCAAAACUGUUCUAUAAUAAUCUGAAAAAUGCACCUAGCUGUCUCCUCCAUUGAACUGAAUAAGUCUUUAUAAUAGAGAGAGCUUAAUAUUAUCACCAGAGCUUCCACAACCCAAAAGAGAUGGCUGAGCAGGAGUGAGGACACUUAUACACCGAAGUCUAUCACAACCUUACUGCAGAUACAUAUACUACAUGGUUUCAAGAAAGUAUCUAAUUGUUACAUUUUCCACAACUGUAUAUGUCUAUAAACCACAAUGUAAAAGUUGCUAACACUAAGUAGAUUCAGAGUUUUUUCUGUAAAAAAACUAGUAUAUAUUGCAACUGGCCAAAAUCAUAAAAGCCAGUAAUAUGAAUUGUCCCAUUUCUAGAGAAAAAGUUGAUUUAAGUUCACAUCUUAAAGGCAAGACAAAAGCAGCUGUCUCAGAUUUUGGUCUCUCCUUUCACUGAAUGUCAGCUCUAGAUUUUUAUUAUUUUCACUUAAAAUCUUAAGAUCAUGCCUGAGACGCCACAAUACUGCAAUCAAGAAAAUUGUGAAAAUCUCUUACUAAGAAAAUACAUGUUCUUUUACAGGUUGUAAUGUAUCUCUGUGUUUGUAAGAAAUAAAAUAGUCUGCCCAUCCAAUAAAAUAUAAUUCUCUAUAUGGGUGUCUAUUGUGCACCAUAGAAGAUAAGAGUUAUUUGAGGGGGAGUCAUAGUUCAAUCAACAAUCCUCUCCUACAGGGUGGUUUGGUUCUUGCUUUUGUUUUAAUGAGGAGGCAAAAAAGAGGGGGAAAAACGCAGCAAAAAAUACAUUUCUUUUGGGAUGCCUUCAACGUUUUUAGUGCUAAUAAUUACUUCUACAGUAUUUUCUUUUUUUAAAAAAGUGAGCUGCCCAGAGUUUGAUGGGUAUAUAAAUGUUUUAAAUAAAUAAAGUACAGGGCUUUUCAUCAUUCCCAUUGUACAGACUGUUGUGUGGGAUUUGAAAUGGUAGUCUGACUCAAGUGUGAUCCUCUGUCCAGCAUACUGGCUGCCAGCAAGGUACCCACAGGGCUUAGUUUUAUAUUUGAUGUAUGGGCCUGAGCCAUUCCUGUUCAAGUCAACUGGUGUCUUUCCAUUGAUUCCAGAAGUUAUAAGACCUGGCAUGCCCAAUUAUGAACUCAUCUACAUGGGAUUCAAUUUAGUCUGUCUUUUUUUCAAAAGAGAGUUGCAUUAAAUUUGAUGGAGGUUAUCCUCAGGAAACUCUGCGUAUGACUGCAGAAUUAGGAUUUAAUUCUAUUUACACCUUGGUAAUAAGCCCUAUUGAACAUUCAACUCUCUCUCGCAGAAACAGGCCUGGGACUGGGAUGUAAAGAAUUGUUUUUCUUUUGCAUCAAAAUUGCUAGCAAUUACGAACGUUAGAGUGGAAAUAAAUGCAAUCUAGGAGAAAGCUCCUUCCCAAAAGGAAUGUACUUUUUGCUUAGUUUAGUAGCACUGUUUACAGUUUUCCUCCUUGUUUUGUUAUUUAUAAAUUUUAUAUUCAUUGAAUGUAUAUUGUCUUUUAAGGUAAUAAUGUUCACUUUUUAUAGUGUACUUUUAUUCUAAACAAUAAAGUGUUUUAUUUCUUACCACAGA